GAUCCAUCCGCCUUUAUUCCCGUAACGGUGGAUCAGCCCAGCCAAAUCUCCCCCGUGCGCAAGUCCGCAUGGGGGUUUACAUGCUUACUCGACCCAUUAUAAGAAUUUACUAAAAACUAACAAGACAAUUUUCGCUUCCAGGAAGAUUCUACAGUUUUCGUACACCCCAUUGAACCCCGUGUAUAAAUUCCCUCGUGCAUGCCUCCCCACAUGAAACUCCUCUUUUCUUUUUUCAUCGGCAUCAUUGCUAUACUAUACACUGCGAGUUAUCACAACUACAAUCUUCUUGAUCUAAUACUCCCCUCCAAAUACACAACUCAACAGCCCUCCACCGCCGCCACCACUACUACUAAUACCACCACACCAAUCAUAAUCCCACCCACCAACAAAAUGACUCUCCCGCGAAGCAUCCGCCAAGUCUUUCUAGCGAUCGAGCAAGCGGAAGGCGCAGGGGCGCGAGUGCGGCGGUCGAUCGGCACGCAAAAGCUACGACACCUGAGCCCGUUCCUGAUGCUGGACCACUUUACGAUCGGCAAAGGGGCGGGAUUUCCGGACCAUCCGCACCGGGGCCAAGAGACGAUCACGUACCUGCUGUCGGGCGGGGUGGACCACGAGGACUUCGCGGGCAACCGGGGCACGAUCGGGCCGGGCGACCUGCAGUUCAUGACGGCGGGCAAGGGCAUCAUGCACGCGGAGAUGCCGCACGAGAACGCGGACGGGUCGCCCAACGUCGGCAUGCAGCUGUGGGUCGACCUGCCCAAGGACCUCAAGUACUGCGAGCCGCGCUACCGCGACCUGCGCAGCGACGAGAUCCCCCGCGCCACUGCCGACGACGGCCGCGUCACCGUCAAGGUCAUCUCCGGCCAGUCGCACGGCGUCGACUCUGUGCGCGACCUCGCCUACACCCCCGUCUGGUUGCUGGACGUCUCGAUCCAGCCCGGCGGCCGCGUGCGCCAGGCCCUCCCGCUCGGCUGGAACGCCUUCGCCUACACCUUGAAGGGCACCACCGUCUUCGGGUCCGGCGAUCAGACCCGCUCCGUCAAGGAGUUUCACAACGUCGUCUUCGAGCAGAAGGGCGAGUUCAUCGAGGCGUCCGUGCCGGACAAUGCCGAGGAGGAUGGCCGCUUCUUGCUCGUCGCCGGCCAGCCGCUCGAUCAGAAGGUUGUGCAGUAUGGCCCCUUCGUCGUGACCAGUGAGGAAGAGGUUUACCAGGCCAUGAUGGACUACCAGACCGCGUCGAAUGGGUUCGAGAAGUCGCGCGGCUGGGAGAGUGAGAUUGGAAAGAGAAUGGCCUAUUAGACUGUUUUGUUCCUUUUGUCUGUACCGUUUAGCAAAUUGGCGUUUAGGAUUGUUUUGGGCGG